AUGGCAACAACUUAUCGCUCACGUGUAGAAACUGUACGUCUUGAACCAUCAGCACGUGUAGUCCCUACCAAUUAUACUUAUCCAACGAAUGAUCAACAAAUUAAAAUUCGACAACAACAAAUACCUCAUGUAAAUGUUGUUGUAACACAACCUGGUCAAGAUGUAUGGGACUUUGAACAUCCAUGGUCAACUAGACUUUGUUCAUGUUGUACAAAUAUGAAACUAUGUUGUUUUGCUUUCUUUUGUCCAUGUUGUUUUGAAUAUAAAUUAUACAAACGAGCCGGAGAAAAUGCAUGUGCAUGUUUGUGUCCUGGUUCACGAUUUGCAUUAAGAUCAAAAAUACGUACAGCAUUUCGUAUCGAGGGUGAUCUAUGUAAUGAUUGUUGUAUUUCAACAUUUUGUCCAUGUUGUAGUGCGAUUCAAAUGGCUCGAGAAUUACAUUAUCAAGGUCUCUAA